GACGAUCAACCAGAAUGGAGUGGGCCGUCAGGGUGUGUCAGAGAGUGAGGCUGCUUCAAAUACCAAUACUGAGUGAACCUCAUCAUGGUUGCGUAAAACCAUUCUAGUUGUACAGGUGUGUGAAAGUGGUAAUUUGUUUGGACAGUUCUGUGUACCUGUUACCCAUGAAAGAGACCAGGACAACGACAGCUUGUCCCCCCCCCCCCCAAAGACCAUGUUUACUAGGAGAGGUAGUUCAAGCGGGACUUAGAAGGUGAGGCAUGUGUGUGUUUGUGGGGUUGUAAUGGGACGGUCCUGCCGUAAAGGGCAUGUUGAGACCUGCCCUGUGACAGGUUGUGGGCUGGAUGACACCCUUCUCGCCUCACAAAGCUCUUCAGUGGGCGUUAGUGACAGAUAAUGUGGGGGGUGAUGGAAGGAGUGAGGAAGAGGAGUGAGGAGGAGGGCGUGCUCCUGGACUUUUGUCCUCUUGUUCUUCUAACUCACUUAUUCCUCUUUUCUUCACAAGAAUGCAAAUCUGUAAACCCUCAGAUCAGAGGAGAGGGAAUCAGUGUAGAUGGUGGAGGGAUUUAAGGCUGAUCCUCCCUGUGUGAGUCACAGACAGUCAGCCUCUCUCUCUCUCUCUGUGUCUGAGGGGUACUGAGGGCUCAACGCUGAGGGCUCAUCUCCACACACUGUCUGGCAUGCUGUGUGCUGUGUGUGUGUGUGUGUGUGUGUGUGUGUGUGUGUGUGUGUGUGUGUGUUUAGGGUUAAGGGAUAGAACUAUCGAAAGUGAAAGACGAGGUGAACUUUGUUUAGGUGUCUCAGAUGUAGUCUAAAUCCAAGACAAAUACAUGUCCUCUCCAUGUGUGUGUGUGUGUGUGUGUGUGUGUGUGUGUGUCAGUGGGUAUUUUAUUACAUUUGGGUGUUUGUUCUCUAAAGGCCAGAGAGGGAGUGAAUUAGUCCCUGGCACUGAGUCUGUGGGCUGAGUAAUUUCCCCUGGCUGGCGUGCAGCGGGUAGCGUGGCGUGUGCAGCCCCACCCCUCCACAAGUUUAAUAUUGACCGUCCCGCCCGCUUUUAUCUCAGCACGACCCUUGUUUAAAUAGCAAUAGGAUCAUGUCCUGUGUGCUCAAAGAAUCUUUAUCAUCCUCACAGAAGUGUGUGUGUGUGUGUGUGUGUGUGUGUGUGUGUGUGUGUGUGUGUAAUAAAAAAAAAGGCCGGAGAGGUUGAAGUUUUUUUCUGCUGUGUUGAGAAUGUAUGUAGCUUGAGAUCUGUUUGUCAGACACAAGGGGGCACUGAAGCUGAGAUGCAUUAUUUGAAAUCUCUGCACGUUGGAGAUCCCAUUUAAUUCAUCCUUCAUGUUGCAUGUGGAGAAUUACUUUAUGUUGCUUUAUUUACAGUAUUUAGAAACUGGGAAUUUAUUUUAUUUAUCAAAAACAGGUUCAAUGUUCCUUUCCCACUCUCCCUGCCCCACACAAUGUUUUUCAUGUCUCUUUCAGGACCACACUGUCCGUGAUGGACGUCCUUCUCUGUGUCCUCGUUUCCUGGUUCACAUGAAGGCCUGUCCUGCAGACCUCAGACCCCCACGUUUCCUAUCCAGUAUCCCCAGGCCACGGCCUCCUCGCCAGGAACAGACACAACAAAGACAAGCCCUUAGCGCACUACAGACUCAUUCAUGUGCAGGUGAGCCACAGCAAAAGCCUUCCUGCUGCUUGGACAUUACAAUAUACUGUACAACAACAACAUACAAGAUACAAUAAUAAAUAGUUUAUUAAUCCCAGAAUUCCCCCUCAGUGAUUAAUAAAGUAUUUAUUGUUUAUCAUAUCUUCAGAGACAGAUUACCUUGUGGUAUCAUAGGGCAUUGUUGCUUUUGACCCCACACCAUAGCUCAUUAGGGAACUACAGUAGGUCUCAGUGUUAGAGAGGUGGAGGUAACCACCUGGGCCUUCGUUAGUCCUUAAUCCCUCCCUCGGCCCACUUUGUUAAGGCCUAAUCCCUCGCUUUCUGCUCUGGGGAGGAAGUGUCUAUAGCGCCGCCCUCCUGGUGGUCCUCUGCUAGGGUGUUAGCCAAUGAAAGGCUGUGCCAGCAUACCUGCCGCUCCUUUCAGGGCCCUGCCUCUGAUGUGAAGGCAUUUGUCCUCCCCUCUCGCCAGGGCCAUAGCCACACUGCAGCGCACGGCUUUGAGCCGAGGGGGAACCAGGGGGAUUGGGGCAUUUCUGUGCUCUGGAACCGGGUUCUAAAAACCAAUUAUUCUACCAUAUGGUGGUCGGCUUCAACACAAUCGUCCCUGACCCUGGUCCCUGAGGGAAACGUGCUGUGCGGUAUUAGGGGAAGGGGGUGUGUGUAGCUGUGUGCCCCUGACACAUGUCAUUCAUAUACAGGCAGACACACACACACACACACACACACACACACACACUUCAUGUGUGUGUAACAGAUGGGAAGGGCAGGGCAUUGUGAGAGGAGAAUAGUGCAGAAAUGUGCUCUCCUCCAGUGCAGCCCUUUAUCCCCCUGCUACCGCUGACUCCUCUCUGUCACACAGACCCCCAGGAAACAAGAGAACAUUGUCUCACACCCCUCCGGCCCCGCAGAGAAAAGAGGAGUGUGCAGAGGCAGAGAGGAAGAAUAGAGCGAGGGAAGAAGGAAGCGGGGCGGUGUCGGCUGGAGCUGAUGUUUGUGGAAGGGAUCUGAGAGGGGGAUGAAAGGAGGAGUGUGGAGAAGAGCAAGAGUGGCUGAGCAGAGAGGAGAGAGUUCCCAGGUAGUGUGAAGUUCAGAUUCAAGUGCAGGAGAAGAGAAAUGUGACAGAGUAGAGGUAUCACAGAUGUCUUCUAGGAGAUACAGGCAUCUUAAUCAGGAUAUUCUAAUGCUGCUCUCAGGACAGGAGGACAAGCUACCAAGAUGCGGCAUUUGGAUCAGUUAACUGAUAUGUGGGUGGAAUAGCGUCAAAUGAAUGACAAAUCAUGAUGAAUCAAGUUUUUUUGCCUUUUAUAUUGUAUAAAUAGCCCUGCCUCCAGUACUGGGUAGCAUUCUGAAUAUAUAAUAUUAAGAUGGGAAUUGGGCAGCUGGUCCAACGGGGUGGGGUUUCUUCAGCCUUUGUUAGAGCACUGACCCACACAGCAGGGAAAACACUGUUUGCUCCGGGCCUCACUAAAGUGGGAAAGGAAAUGUCACCGGCAGGUUUUGGCAGAGACGCCUCUGAGCUGUAAAAGAUGGUGAAUACCAUUUAUAGAUGAGCCUCUCUGAGGACCCCACAUGUUAACUAUUCACUACCUUUCUUUGUCAGUACUGAACAAUGCCCAAUGCCAAUAGUUAAAAACUUGUAUCCCCUGCAUACCCCUUGCCUAGGUUGAGACAGUCUCUGACAAGACAGUAACAUGUUUAUAAUCAUAAAUUAGACUAAUCAAAAUUUGUAUUGAAUUGAAUACAGGAUUGGAAAAUACAUUCUUUUUUUACUCUAUAAAACCUACAGUAUAUUUUAAUGUGAUAAAGUAUGAUCACGUCUGCUUGAAUUGAAUAAUGUUAUGAAUGUUGUGAUCGAGAUGUAGUUGUCCCUGAUUGCACUGACUUUGCUCAAAGCUGCUUGUUUGAAGAAGUGUACUUACUGUGAUCAAGAUGUGGUUGUCCCACUGGCUAUCCUAAGUUGAAUGCACCAAUUUGUAAGUCGCUCUGGAUAAGAGCGUCUGCUAAAUGACUUAAAUGUAAAUGUAAAUGUUAUCCCUAUCUAUUGCAGACUCCAGGAUCAGGAGCCUGCAGCACUGCAGCACCACCAGAGGGAGGCGCUUAGCUGUUGUUGUUCCCUGUGUUCCAGUGCCAGUCUCCCCCUCUCCCAGCAGAUCCUCCCCUGAGCUCCCAGUCUGCCCAAGUCCAACAUCCCCCACUGUCACUGACUCUGGGCAGCAGGGGACUGGACCCAAACCUGCUCCAGCCUCAGCCCUACCUCACGUCCAUACUCAGAAAGGGGAGAAGGAAACAGAGGAUGGCGUUAAAGAGAUGGGUGAAGGCCCUUCGGCUUCCUCAGGGGCCUUCUGCCCUCCAAGGCCAGACCAGGAGCCCAAUUCUGGUCCUGAGGACAUAGACCCCUCAGGGUCUCCAGUCCCUAGUGUCUGUGAGGGUUCUCUCUCAGACUUCAGCCGCCCGCCAUCCAGCCAGUUCAGCCGCAGCACAGACCUGGGUAGUGGCCAGAGCAGUGCUCUAUGUGGUACUGUACCUAAACUGAGACAAUUGUAGUGAAAUGCAUUCAAAGCUGUUGCAUGCCCCAUGGGAUAAUUUGUUUUUUCCUAAAUAAAUACAUUCAUAAUUACUGUAACUGUUAUAGGUGAUCAAAAUCCUUACAUUUUCUGUGAUUUUGUACACACACUUGAAUGUUUAAUUUUAACCAAGGCUUGCUUUUCUAUCAUGUCAAAUGGAAGUAGAAUUAUUCCAUAUAUCCUUUUUUUGUUUUACAGCGAAUCUGAGUGACCUGGACUCAGAGGGUGGAUCUCCUCUCUCCCAGCUCUGCUCCUCUUCCAUGUCCCUGUCUGCUCUGGCCUCCUGCACCCCACAGGACCUCCCAACACACCAGCCCCCAAACCCAGCCCCUCACCACCUUCUCCACCAUCCACUCCCUCACCAGGCCCAACACUGCCCACCUGACUGGACCACCACGGAGCCCCAGCCAGGCCAUGUCCUCCCUCCUUACCCAGACCCAGACCCAGACCCAUCCCUGGACCCCAACCCAGACCCUACUACCCUAGCUUUCCCCUCAGACACCUGGCAGUCCUGCCUCAGCCCGCAGUACAGGAUAACUCCCCGGCCAGGGUCAGGGUUAGGGUCAGGUUUGACUUCAUCUCCUGUGGGGGCGGAGAGACAGGACUGGACGUCACACCGCUGGUCCGUCCUUCCCCCAAUCUCUCCUGUCAGAGGUGAGGAAUGGUCCCUGCCUGUCCCAUAUGGGCUGUUCACAGCCUCCUCCCAGCCUCCCUCCCUGCCCAGCAGCAGCCUACACUGGUGCCCCUUACCUAGCGCCACGGGGCUGAUUGUCCACAACAUGGCUGGACAUCUUCCCUGGUACAAAGAGAUGGCAGCCAGCAGACAACAGAGGAAAUCAAAGCCUGGCUCUAUAGAGAGGCCCUCCUCAGAUCAGAUGCUCCUGUACCCAACGCCGCUCUGCAUUGUGUGGGUCUGCUGUCAGCCCUGUUUUGUUUUCCCCUCAUAAUAAAUAACGCAGAAAGCUUUUCUUUUUCCUUUAAACCAGCAAUAGAAAGAGAAGUCUUUUGAUGAAGAGCUGGUACCAUUUGAUUCCCAGUUCAAAGGCGUGCGAGGCCCCUUCACAAUAGGAGGGGGGUGGGGGGUUCCCUGCCUCGUGUGCCGUCCCCACUCAGCCGCGGCUUCCCCGCGCUCUCUCCAUUCUCCCGCCGCUGAAAGGGAGACGUGUAGCCGAUGGUCAUAAAUCCACACUGACCACCGCACGCUGACGGGGGAAACAGUUAGAGCUACGGUCCACAAUAGAAUAUAGCGGCUUUCCGCUGCCGCUAAUUUACCGUUUAGAAUCGGGAUAAAGGACGGGGCCACUGACAUCUGACACUUAUGGGGGACUUUAUGAAAGACUUUGACAAGAGAGAAAACUAUUGGGAAAUUGUGUAGGGAUUUUCUUUCUCUAUCAGAAAUGAUGAGAGGCCGCCUGCGCUCUUCUAAGGUCCUUACUACUGAUUAGUAUCGCUUCCAGGUGCGUAGGAGUCAAAAUAAGAAUACUGAAAGAGAUUUCGACAAGCACACUGUUGAAAAAAGGAAUACAUCCAAAACUGAGGCUUGAAUGCAACAUAAAGAUGUGUAUUAGAACAUCAUGGUGCCAAUAAAUCAUAGUCCAAGAAAGUGCAUAAAUGAAAGGUGAAAACAAAGCCUUCCUCAGCGUAAAUAGUCUGCACACACACCUGGCUUCUAUUACAAGGAUAAUUGCAUAUGUCACAUGAUCAAGAAAGAAAACAUCAGAAAAUCUAUAAAUCGGUACCUAGUACAAUAGACUGCAUGAUCUACAUUUUAUACACAAUAUAAAAGCAGACAGAGAAAUAUGAUCAAUUUUUGCUUUUAUAUAUACCAUGUGAACAUUUCUCUAUCAGAGACAUCUACUGUUCUAUAUGGUGGCACGCUGUUCUCUAUGGGGGAGACGUGGAGCAAGUCACUGGUUACAUUGAUUUCACGCAGAUGUAGACAGACCCAGAUGAUUUUAUUUUUUAUUUUUUGGGUGGUAGAUCAGCUUAAUAUUGCAGAUAGAUUGUAACUUCCAUCAAGUUACAUCACUUCCAAUCCCCCAUGUUUUAUAUAUAUAUAUACUCCCCUUUAUUACUUUUCAACCCCACCAUCCUUUCCCUACUUGGGAUAAAUUAGUGAACAACAAUGCUUAGGCCUCUACUUCCAGCUUAUACUUACUAUCUACAUUUUAUGGACACAGUCAAUUUUACAAUAAUUCAAUUUUAUUUGUUUUUGCUCCUGAACUUCUUCUACUCUCAACCUCUCCGAUCAUUUUCAUGAUGUCCAUCCGGUUUGCUUCUACAGACCCAGGUUUUGGUGAAAACAAUUCAUAUAUAAGAUGAAGUUUGUUAUUUUUUCCAUAUAAAAAAUAUAUACGGUAUAAUGUAUGUGAGAACAAAAUAGAAAUGUUGCUGAAUUUGCUGAAUUUCAUUCCCAUAGUUGGGGAUGUCAAUGCCAAAAAUGUGUGUGUAGAGUGUGGGUGUAUGGGUGUACGGGAACCCCUCACCCCUCUGCAGCCCCUUAGAUGGGGUCCUCUCUUUGUGUGCUCCCCUGAGCUCCCUUUCACAUCCCCACGCCAGGGCCCAACAAUCAGAGGGCGACCCCAAGGCGACCCCUCAUUGAGCAUCAUCUCCAGAGUGUAACUGUCCUUGACAAUGGAGCGGGGUUGGAGCGGGACGCUGGCCUAUUGUGGUGCCCUGGCCCCGGCCUCUCCACCACCCAGACCCAGGGCACCACCCAGCCUUUCAGCCCCACGGUGUGGCCAGAGUGGGGGGACGGGGAUACAAGGGGAGACAGAGGAGCCUUGUCUGGGCUGACUCCUUCCUACCCUGCCUGGCCUUGCCUCUACGCCCCCCCUAUCCACCUCCCCUUCCUCCAACACCACCGCCCCGACUCUGUAGCACUCCUCAGAAUGACGGCUGACUUGACAGCCGCAAUAUGCUUUAAAGUGUCAAGUCAAGUCCCUCCAUUGUCUCUCUGAGUAGAUCGCCGAGGCACUGGAGUGCACAAUGGUCUGUGUGUGUCUGUGUCUGUGUGCGUGUGUGUGUAGUCAGACGUAAAGGAGCUGAGUGUGUGUUCUUUAUUUGCUAGUGUAUAUAUUAUACGUUUGUCUGCUAUCUGUUUCACAUUUCCAUAUGAGAGAAGAAGAGCUCAUUCUCUAAGGCUGUCAUCAUGACAGAAACCCUCAGCACACCAUUUUCAGUUACUGUUACAAAAAAGGCUAAGAAAAACAGGUGUGUUUUCACUGUUUUGAGAAGAGUCAAGUAAUGAGUGAUUAAGGCGGACAGUUUGGCCUGUCCUGUGAGUGAUGUAUGUGGUAAUGAGGGCUUAGAGGGAGAGCGUUGCUCCUGUGUGUAUAGUACCAUCUCCCAUAGCCCGAGGGUCUGACUGGCUCUGUGUAGGCUAACACAGACUCCACCUGGGGGGCAUCCUCUCCCAUGGAGGUCCUGGUUUGGUGGUGGUGGUGGUGGAGGGUUGUUGACACCGGCUCAGGGCAAGGAGGAGUGGGAGUUUUGUUGGGUGUCUGGGUGAAGUGUGUGUUUGUUGUGUGUGCAUGGGUAUGAUACAGAGCCGUCUCUGUUAAGCCUAGAGGGGACAGGCAGUCAGGCACUAAUUGAGUUACAACCAUGUGUUGGAACCGGUUCAAGGAGCAGCGAAAACCGAUUCAUUGUUUUGAGGAACAGAAACAGAACCGGGAAAGAAAGUGAUCUCUAGUGUUGCGGAACAGAACCGUUACUUUUAAAUCUUGAGAACCAGUUAAUAAUGUUAUUUUGCGUUCAAUUAUUGCCCCUAAUGCCCAGUAUAUACUGUAAUUAUGUAAUUCAGUGAAGCUAUGAUGCUAGUAAUAGCCUUAACAUAUUCCAAUUCACAUCAUGUCAUGAUGCUCAGCACUUCAAACCAAGCCCCUUCCACGUCCACCCCUCUCUCUCGCUCUCUCCCCACCCGUGACAUUUCAGUCACAUCUUGGCCUGCACUUAUCUGUCCUCAAACAUGUAAACAACUAGCUUACACAUUCCACAGCAAGCUGCUCUAUCCUUGCUUAUUGGUGGAGUAAAUAAUUGGGCUAAAUGUAAAAACGAUGUUCAUUUCACAGGGUAAAAAAUUAACGAAAAGGAACUAUAUGAACCGUUACUUUUUUGGGGGGUUCGAACCGGUUCAGAACUUUAUUAUGCUGGUCGGAAAUCUGUAACGGAACUAAAUAAAUAGGGGUUCUGCUCGGAACGGAUUCUCAUUUUCUAACCCAGUCCUCAAUAUCUAUUGCAUCAUGUAACACAGUACAGUAGUAAAGCUCUAUGUGAUACACCCAACCUGCUUGUGCUGUUUCAGAUGGCAGUGACACAGUGUCAUCCCGGUCCCGCUGUUCUCAGAUCAGCUCUAGCCAGUCCCAUGUGUUUGAUGAACUGGAAGCCAUCGCCCCCAGGACAGGCUCCUGUCUGUCCCUAGACCACCCACUCAGCCCAGCAGACUGCAGCCCUACU